CCGCGGGCGGGGGAGGUGAAAGCGGAGGCGGCGCUGGCUGCUGCCUUUGUCACAUCGCUGCUGCCUGCAGGAGCCUCGCCAUGCCCGGCUCGGAGAUGGGAGAAGCCCCCGCUGUUGACAUUGUGGACAUAUAUGAAUCUAUACGUGAAAGACAGCGUCAUGACAGUGAAAGGUCUACGUGCAGCACCUUAGAGCAGAAUGACAUAGAAGCAGUCGAGGCGCUUGUUUGUAUGAGCUCCUGGGGUCAAAGAUCACAGAAAGGUGACCUAUUAAAGAUAAGGCCACUUACGCCCAUCUCAGAUUCAGGUGACUUCACAAUGCAUGCUGAAGCAGCCUCUGAAUUACCAAAGGAUUAUCACUUUUUGUCUACACUGUGUAUGACCCCACCCCACAGCCCUGAUUUUGUUGAGCCAUCGACUACAAUGCUCCUUUCUUCACAAGUCACUUAUUCCAAACCAAGGACAGUCAUGGCAAAUACAUCUGUUUGCGUAGUCACCGCUACAAACUGUGCAUCUGCCAUAGCCAAACCAUCUGUCAUAAACGUGGAGAGGCAGUCCAGUCAGAAGUCAGCAAUAUCUGAGCCACCUGCCCCUCAGCCUUGCAGGGCCAUGGCAACCAGUGUUAUACGUCAUACAGGCGAUAGUUCUGCUUACCCACACAUUCCUGCUGUGCAAGUUAAAACAAAGGUAACUUCAGGCAAUUGCAGCACUUCCACAGACUGGUCUGAAGCACAAGACCGAAGACAUUCCAGAGUUUCACAGGACAUGGAUACUGCUGAUGGUUUAAUUAGUGAUACUUCAUCAGUACAUCAGCCUUAUUUGCACAAUUCCAGUUGUAACACUACCAAUAAAGGGCAACAGCCAAUAAGGCCUGUUUCACCGCGGACUUGUUUACCAAAGAAUUGUGACAACUACCUACAGAAAAAAGCCACCCAGCUGCUACCUACCCCUGUUUCAAACCCCCAAGUCAUCUGCCAAAUGAUCCCUUUUAACAGGCAAAGAGGUAUGAUUUCUGCCUUUAUAAAACCCCCUACACAGACAGUCGCAACUACUGUCCAACCUAUUUUACCCCAAACAGCCCCAGUUUCUCAGCCUGUUCUCAUGGGAUCUUCUGUGCCUCAGGGGACUGUUAUGUUGGUUCUUCCACAGACUGCUGUUGCACAGACACCUCAGUGCCAACAAACUCUAAUGACUGUUGGAAACACCAAGUUAUUGCCUCUUGCUCCUGCACCAGUUUUUAUUGCUUCUGGUCAAAGCUGUGCAUCUCAAAUGGACUUCUCAAGGAGGAGAAAUUACGUUUGCAACUUCCCAGGCUGUAGGAAAACUUACUUCAAAAGUUCCCACCUCAAAGCCCAUCUUCGUACUCACACUGGAGAAAAACCUUUCAGCUGUAACUGGGAAGGCUGUGACAAAAAGUUUGCCCGCUCAGAUGAACUUUCUCGCCACCGAAGAACUCAUACUGGAGAGAAAAAGUUUGCUUGUCCUGUGUGUGACCGUCGUUUCAUGCGCAGUGAUCACUUGACAAAACACGCCCGUCGUCAUAUGACUACAAAGAAAAUACCCAGUUGGCAGACACAGGUUGACAAACUGAACAGAAUUGCUACAGCAGAGAAACCUAAAAGUGGUGGUACAUUGAACAUGCUCGUACCCAUGCCAACCUCUGCCUAAGUGGGCUAGUUGGACAAAAAAUCUGCUCUCAGAACUUUUUAAAAGUCAGGAAAGAGCUACAAUGGUUAAAACCGAAUUGACAAUGUUUUCUUAAUUUCUGUUCAUAUUUGCCUCUUUAAUAGGGUGGAAAAAAGGUAUGUAAUUAUUUUCUUCAGCUUAGGCUCUGUUCUGAUGAUAUCAUAUGAGAACUCGAUUGUGUCUCUUUUUUUCCCCCCUCUUUUCCUCAAAAUUUGGGCAUCCCCAGUUACUGGCACUUCAGGAAAGCAGAACUCUUUGGAAACAAUUUGGGUACUAGAGUAUUAAAAGCAAAACUCACUUGAGUAACAGUUGCUGUUCAUAUUUGAUACAAAGUGAAACAAGGUGAUUUUUAAUGUUUUAUAUACUAGUAUUUUCUAUACAAAAUAUAUUUUAUAUUUGUUCAGCUAGGGCUUGGCCUGCAGUCAUUGAAACUACUUGCAUAAGUAAAAGUGUGCAAAAUCAGACCCUUUGUUUGGAAACUGCUUUUCACUAAGCCUCAAGAAACUUAAUUAAAACAUUUUAUAAACAUAUAACACUGUAGCUCAGAAUGUUUUGGAACUUUACACAUUUAGACCCUGAUCCAGCAAUCAGUUUGCACAGUCGAGCCUUCAUUCAAAUGAGAUUGUAGGAGUGGGGCUUAAAAGCCUGUUGCCAUUUACAAAACAAAAAAUCUCCAGGAAUAAAAUUUGCUUCUUGAAAUCCACAACAAUUAAUUGAAAUUGGUUCCUUGAAGGAAAAAAUUGCACUGAGCAUGUUUCAUAAAAUUUGCUGUGGGAAGUCCUUGUGACUUCAGGUGGAAGCUUGAAAGACAGUGCACUCCUGAUUAGAUUUUGUUCUAACUGAGCAAACUUUGGAGAGCCAAGACUGUUCAAGUGGAUGCACAAGGGCAGCUACUUCUGAAGAAUUUUGCCACUAUUAAGGGAUUUUUACUUAAGUCCUGUUGAUGCUACUACUGUAAACCCAAAACAGAUGUCACGUGUAGUAAACUGGAUCUCUGAUUUGUAUUUCCUUUGUUUUUAAAAUUAUAGCGUUUUUUUUAUAGUGUUUAGGAUAGACUCUUGUACACCUAGUAAUGAACUAUUCAGGACUUCAGUUUGUGUAUCAAAAGCGCACACCCAAAGUCUAAUUCAAAACACAGCCACUUUGUUAAACUGAUGAGCCUCUUCUUACGGCCUUAUGCUCCAUGCUAUUUUGCGUGCAGAACCACUCUUCUCUAUUAAAUGAAACACUCUUCCUGUUGAAUGGACUUUCUUUUCCAUCAAAGUACAUUAUGACUAAGAUGAAUUACAGAAUUGCCAACUGCAGGACUACUCUGUGCUAACUUUCUUUAGUAGCAUAGUAUGAUUAACAACAUUAAACGUGUGUAGCACAACUAGAUCACUCAGCUUCUGUGUCAAGAAGAGAACACACACAUAUUAACAAGCAAAGAUGUUUGCUGUAGUGCUGAGAUCAGACUUGGUGUAACAUCUGACAUUUCAUUAGCACGCAGAAUCAUUGGUUCUAGAACAGAUUAAAAAUAGCUUUUUGACUAGCAUGGUACCUUCCUUAAUCCAGAUAUUUCUGUUCUGUAGGUUGAUUCCUUGUGCAACUUUGCUGCUUCUGUUGCAAACAUCUUUUAACAUUAACAACUUCAUAUACAGACUUUGCCUUAAGCUUAUUUAUUUAUUUAAUUUGAGUCUAAAUUUUCUAUCAUGAAAAGCCUUCUCUUUAAAGUGUGGUUCUAAUCUGAAAAGUAACAAUAUAAAAAUGGCAUUUUCAUACUCCAGGUCAUCUGCUUCUUUUGUGUGCAUUCAGUUGCAUCUGCCUCUUUACUGACAAAGUAUGUUUUUACUACUCUUUGCUCUUAUGAGCCUGACACAGUCAACACAACUAACGCAGCAUGAGCUGGAUUCUCUUCCUUUUUGCAAAAAAUGGUUUACAAAGUUUGGUCUAUUACACUUUUUGAAAUCCAUUGGUGUCCAUAUGGAACAGUAUUUCAGUUAUUUGAAGUAAAAUGAUUGGACUUUCCUACUACCAGCAAAUAAUACAUUGAAACUGUUAGUAAUAUUCAACUUUUGAGAAGAUAUCUAAAUUUCCAGAUGAAUAAAACAUCAAUAAUUGGGAAUGUGCUGCAUGUUGCACUGCUUCAUUAGUAUAAAAACUUUGUUUUGUUGUGCAGUAUGUGGUCUGAUUCUGCGCUCAUAUGGACUGAUGCAAACAUGCUGAAAUCAGUUUAUAGUUCAUCUGCAGUCAGUGAAGCGCAUGUGUAACAGCAGAAUAUGCUCCUAAAUUUAGGUUUUUAUGCCUCUGGUUACAGUUAUUGGUAAUUUUAAGAUUAUGCUAAACUGAAACAUUGUGCUCAGUGUGCUAAAUUUUUGUGCAUAUCCUUUAAAAUGUCCAAUUCUUGUUCAUUUGACAUUUAUUAUGACACAGCAGAUCAUGUAUACUCCUGGGGGAAUUCUGCCCAACUACGCGUGCACAGACUUUAUGUGCUUUGCAGAAUUUUUUUUCAGCAGAAAAUACAUUCUGCUGGGAAGGUGCUGCAGUUACUCCUUUUGCCCACCAGGGGCUGUUGUGUUGCCAGAACAGAGAGCAGCUGCUCCUAGGUGGGAGCAGCCCCAGCUGCGGAUAGGGAAGGGGAGGCUGCCUCCCUCACAGCGCCCUGUCCGUGGGGCCAGGUCAGGAGGCACGUGAUAUGGGAGGACGGACAGCAUGGGCUGCUGGGGAAAGGGUCACAGACUGGGGUUCAGAAGGGCUAGUGGGGCACAGACUGGGUCGAGGACUGAGUGGGGGUGCAGGGCCACAUGGGGUAGUGGGGUGGCUGAGUGGGGGUGCAGGGCCACAUGGGGAUGGGGGCAGAUGUGCCUGCCUGACUGAGAGGGGCUAGGGGUCAGUCAGCGUCUGCAUGGUGGAGGCUCCCUAACGAUCCCUCCCUGCCCAAAAAAGAUGCAGUUUCGUACUUCUCCCAUCCACACCCAACAUGCUCCAAGUUCACACCUAGGCUCCUUCCCAGCAAUUACUUUCCCCUCCCUCAGCUCCUCAGUCACCCCUGAUUCCCCCAGGCCUUUGCACUGCUUCUGAGGGGUGUGGGAAAUACGUUUCUGUAUUGUAGUUUAAAUGAAUUAUUACUCAGAGUUCUGUAGUAACGUGCCUAGUAAGGAAUCUAUUUGUCAAAAAAACAUUUCCUGAAUCUUUUUUGUUGUCUGUAUUGUUACAGACAUAGUUGCUGACAUUUAUUUUGAAAUAAAUUACCAAAAUAAUUGAAACUGGCAUGAUUAUAUUGUGUUAUUUUGACAAAUAAAAUACGCAGAAUUUUGCAGAAUUCCCCCAGGAGUAAUUGUGUGUAUCGCUAUAUGUAUGCAAAGGUUUGUAUUUUUCAAAGGGCUAUAUUGUAAUUCCCCUCUUUGGUAAAGUGGAUACUUGGACUGUUACUCUUGUGGUGUUUGAGUACUGACUGUUAGGAUGCAAGCUUAAUUCCAUUGCACAAAAAGAUUAGCCCUGGUCUUCAUACUCUAGGGAAGAGAAGAGCAAAAAAAUCUGCCUAUGGACUGUAGUGCGACUGGGUGGGUUUUUUUCUUGAUCCAGAUGUGACAUAUCCACUUCAAAACCUAUUUUGGGAAACUAAUUGUUUUUAAUUUGGCAAAAUAUUUUGAUAUUUCCCAGUAGCAAAACAGUUUUGGAAAUGCCCUGUAAGUAAUUUUGUAGAUGAUCUUGUUCUUUUGGUUGUCAGAGGGAGAAGAAGAUGCACAGGAGAGUAUGGGAUAAAAUUCUGCUCAUAAAUGUGCAAGCAUAGUUGUCAUUGGUCCCCGCGUCCUAUUUGCAAUACCUCUAUCUCCUAUUUACUUAGAAGUUAGGGGCACUUACAAGUCAGCAGGAGCUGUGUGUGAGCAUUAGACCCAUGAUUAUUUAGAACCUGAGCCUGCAAAGAGCCGAAUAGAACUGAGCAAAUAAUGGAUUUUUUGGUUUGGGUGCUGAACCGAAAAGUUAAAAAAAAAAAAUUUGUAAAAAACCAAUUUUUAAAAAUUUUUAAUCAAACCAAGAAACUUGGAAAACUUUCAUUUCCAGUUGACUGAAACAUUUCAGAUAGAGUCAAAAUAGUCUUUUCGUGUUUAUAUUCAUUAUGAGUGUUUUUGUUUUGAUUUGGCAGUUUUGUGGUAUUUUUCACCCUCUUUUGUAGUGAUGUUCUUUUGUUUUUUUUUAAAUUGGCCAAAUUUGAUAAUGAAAUGCCAUUUUGAAGAAAAAUGUCAGAAAGAAAUGUUUCUAAAUGGUUGAAAUGAAAUGUUUUGACUUUUUCCACACACAAAUUUCAAGUUGUUUUGGCUGAAACUGUUAGAUUUUACCCAAAUUCGGGAAUAGUUUUUGAUGAUCUGAAAAAGGCAUUUUUUGGUGACAUUUCUAUUAGCUGAAAAUUUUCACCCAAUGCUAGGGCUGAACGUAUCCUGUGAAGUGUUUUGAGGGUGCUCAUACCAUUGGGCCCAAAGGAAGCAAAGUACUUUUGUAAAGGUGCAUGAAUAACUAAGCCAAAAUUUGAAACUUUUUGUCUUGCACAGUAUAAGGGAGUAGAAACAGAAAAAUGAAGUCUUAUUAGUGGAUUAAGCAUGACCAGGUAAACUGUCCUAGUGCACUUUAAUGCCUGCCCAGUUUUGUUCAGUCUUUUUACUGUGAGCCUAUAAGUAUAUUUCAAAAUAAAUUUUAAAAUUUUCA